CGUCAUCAUCUGCUGGUAACGCGCCGGUGAUUAAUUUAGGCUGUUUUAUUUGUAUUUCUUUUUUAUUAUUAUUAUUUUUUUAAGAAAUACAAAGUGGGCUAUUCUAACACACUGGGAGUUACUUGUUAAGGGAAACAGUAGAUUUCGCCAAAAUGAUGGAGAUCGAGUUACCUAAAGUGCACCCAAGUCAACAGGAUAUGGAUCUGAUUGAUAUCCUGUGGAGGCAGGAUAUAGACCUGGGAGCAGGCAGAGAGGUGUUUGACUUCAGCUACAGGCAGAAGGAGGUGCAGCUGCAGCGGCAGAAGGAGCUGGAGGAGGAGAAGAGACAACAGAUAGUGAGGGAGCAAGAGAAGGCGCUUCUUGCCCAGCUACAGCUCGACGAGGAGACUGGAGAGUUUGUGCCUCGGCCCACGCCUACCAACAAUGCUCUGACGCAGGCUAACACUGCGCCUGCUGAGAUCACACAGAAUGUGGCAUUCACGGAAGAGGAUGGAGACGCAAUGUCAUUUGACGAGUGCAUGCAGCUGCUGGCAGAGACGUUUCCUCUAGUGGAGCCAGCGGAGUCUGCUCCUACUUGUCUGGAUCCCUCCAUUCCUCCUUGCACAGACAGCACCCAUCUCAUGAUGCCUGGAGAAAUACCCAUGCUUACCCAGAAUCCCCUGCUGCCAGGACCCAUGGACCAGACCUGGAUGGAUCUGCAACACUGCCUGAACAUCCAGGAGAUCCUGGAUAUGUCCGGAUACGUAAACACAGCCCAGCCUGCCAAUGUUCAAGAGUCCAACUACAGCCAGUAUCUGCCUAAACUAGGUGAUGUCACCACCGGCACUGCCGAUAUGUGCUCUCCUGACUUCAUGAACACUUACGAUGGGGCUUUUAGCAACGUUAAUCAGAUCAGCCUGAAGACCCCUGACAUAAACGAAAGCUUUGGACCAGACGAAUUCUGCGACAUGUUCUACCCUGAUCUGGAGGCUAAAGUGAACAGUGCAUCUCUUCCUUGUGAAGGGGGAAACACAGAUGGACAGCUAGACGAGCUCCCAAAUGCUCCUUUGCUGAAACCCAUGGACCUGCACAGCCUGUCUCCUGGAAACUUCAGCAUAGAAAAAACCGAAGACAUGGCUGAAUUCCCAGAUUCAGAUUCCGGUUUGUCCCUCGAUGCCAGUCCGAAAACAAGCUCUCCCGGAAAGUCCCUGCACGGCGAUGGCUCUGUUGGAUUCAGUGACUCAGACAUGGAUGAGAUGGAGAGUGGUCCUGGGAGUAUGGAAUCUGAUUAUGCUGAGAUGUUUCCCCUGCUGUUCCAGAGUGACAGCCCUCAACAGUCACUUCCUGAGAAAUCCGGCAUAACUCUGGCGCAGGAGGACACUGUUAAACAACCAAAGACGGAGCAGGCAGAGGCGAGUGGAUACUCCAAACAACCCUUCACCAAAGACAAGCAGAAAAAGCGCUUGGAGGCACGGCUCUCGCGAGACGAGGAGAGAGCAAGAGCCUUGCAGAUCCCAUUUGCCGUGGACCUGAUCAUCAACCUGCCAGUGGACGACUUUAACGAGAUGAUGGCCAAGCACCAGUUGAAUGAGGCACAGCUCGCACUCGUGCGUGACAUUCGCCGGCGUGGCAAGAACAAGGUAGCAGCGCAAAACUGCCGCAAGCGCAAGAUGGAGAAUAUCAUGGGCCUGGAGUAUGAGCUGGACUCGCUCAAGGAGGAGAAGGAGCGUCUGAUGAAGGAAAAGAGCAAAAACAACAGCAGUCUAAGGGAGAUGAAGCGGCAGCUCAACUCACUGUAUCUGGAGGUGUUCAGCAUGCUGAAGGAUGAGCAGGGAAAGCCCUACUCCCCUAACGACUACUCCCUUCAGCAGACUUCAGACGGCAGUGUCUUCCUUGUCCCUCGCAUUAAAAAGACUCUCGUUAAGAGCAACUAGCACUUUUUUCUGCUUCUUCUCUUUCUUGGUACUACAUAAUUCUGUAGCUAAGUACUAUGCAAAAGAAGAAAAAAAAAAAAAAACUUUAUAGGCAUUUUUGCUUAAUCUUUAGCAGUACAGAUGGCAGAACUAUUAUAUAGUUUUUGCUUAUUCUACUUUCUUAAUAUUCUUAAUAUCUCCUAUAUUUUGUACUUCUUUAUAUUUUAUCUGAGAAUGUUUUAUCUUAAUGGUUUGUACAUACAUUUAUACUUUAUUUGCUAUUGAAAUAUCAAAAAACAUACUGUAUUGUACUGUUUUAGAAUGCUACUAAUUGUGUUGCGAUCACUGGCACUCAAAAAAGUCUGUUUUUAUAUCUUAAUUUAAAAUUCUAUUGCAAUGUUAUCUCUUGACUUAGGGCUUUAUAAAAAAAAUAAACCUUUCAUUUAAUUUUA